AUGUCGCAGUCUGGUGAGCAAAGUGUGCCCGACAGCGAACCAUCGACUUCGAAUGUAAAUAAUGAAGUGCAUAAACCUAUUUUACCAAUUGAUCCGUUUGUUUGGAGAAAACAAUUUGUUGGUUCAAUGAUGUCCGAAAUUAAUAGCUCUACCGGAUGCUUGAAGUGCGGUAUAAUUUUAGAUUGUCUAAGCAUUCCACCGUACUGCUCGUCUUGCAAAGACGUUUCCAAUGUUGUACAUGAAUAUCAGAAGCCAAAAGCCGAAGAGAAUACUGAUAAAAAUUAUCAGUCAACAGAAAAUAUGAAUCAGUCGACAUUGUUGGUGAAUUCGUAUAAGGAAGAAAAUUGUUAUGAAUCAGCUGACAUAAAACCGGCGAUCGACAGCGUCACAGGACCAUUGAAAGUCGAGGUUAAAAAUGAAGCCGAGUCCGACGAUGACGAAAUUGAACAAAAAACGCCAAAAGCUGAUGAAACUUGUGCGAAAUGCAAACGAUUUACCCAUGAGCAAGACGUCGACCCGCUAGAGGAUCAGAAAAAAACUGACGAGCCGCUCGUAAAACCGGAACCGAAGCAAUUAAUGUCGAAGAAAAAGUCGCACAAGCAUAAACACAAUGAUUUUCGAUGGAUUCAAUGCGAUCAUUGUCACGGUUGGUAUCAUUUUCUAUGCUCUGGCCUUGAACAAUUCGAAUAUUAUCUAUACGAGAAGUUUCACUGUGUGAAUUGUGUUGCAGAAGCUGGUCCAAGUACAGAAUAUCAAAAACUCGCAAAACAUCGCUAUCGUUGGUAUUCUCCAGAAGAAAAAGAUAAAAAAGAAGUUGAAGUCGGAACGGAAACAUGGAUUGAAAAUUUCAUUAAAACUGAAGGAGAGAUACCAGCUCCAAAUGAGAAAGAAGUCGAAGUAUUCGAGAACGGUUUCGAGUUUUGCGAGACUUUCAAUCAAUUGAAGCCCGGCGAAUGGAAAAAAGUGUAUUUGAUCAAAUCGCUCGAUGGGAUUCAAAUGAAAGUGCCUGAUCGAGACAGUUUCGACAUUGAGAACGUUGUCGAAAUAAUGGGACCCGAUUAUGAGGUCGACACAAUCGACGUGUACAAUCAGAACACGUUCUCGAUGAAACUUUCGACGUUCCUCAAAAAGAUUCGCGAUCCUCGCCCAAGAACGCGUCUCUACAAUUUUCUCUCGUUGGAGUUUUCCGAGAAUCAACAGAUGCGCGAUCACGUCGCACCGCCGUCGUUCGUCCGCGAUAUCUCGAUGGUCGAUCGAUUGUGGCCCGAGCCGGGCUCAUCGGCUCAUCGGCGCGCAUUGAUGACCGAAGAAUAUUUGCCGGACGACGAGCGGCCGAAAGUUGAGGAGUUUUGUCUGUCCGGCAUGGCCAACUCCUAUACCGAUUUUCACAUCGAUUUCGGUGGCAGCAGUGUGUAUUAUCACAUUUUCAAGGGCAAAAAAGUGUUCUACAUUGCGGAGCCGAACGAGCGAAAUCUGAAAGCGUUCGAGCAGCACGAGACGACGAAAAAAACGCACGAAUGGUUCGGCAACAAGAUUCCGGGACGUGUGAAGCGCGUCGUCAUCGACGAGGGUCAAACGCUUCUCAUUCCCGCCGGCUGGAUUCACGCGGUUUGGACGCCGAAAGAUUCGCUCGUGUUCGGCGGCAAUUUUUUGCAUUUGGGAAACGUCGAAAAACAAAUUAGGGUUUAUCAACUGGAAAGCGCUGUUCGAAGUGUGGUGAAGCACGACGAAAAAUUCUAUUUUCCAAAUUUCGAAUAUCUCCAUUGGUACUACGUUCGCAAUAUUUUGAUAGAGAAAAUCCGAGAAUGCAACGAAGAAUGCGCGGAUAUGAGUGUUAGCGAUCCAUUCGUUUGGUAUGCGGCAAAAUGUCUGUGUGUCGAGAUGAGGGCGUGGUUUGAGCGGAACAAGAUCAAAGUUGCAAGUAGCUCAUCUGCGAAAGAACUACAAGAUCUUGACAACGAGGCGAAGCUGAUAGCAGCAUUAGAAGCCCAAGUGAAAAAGCAAAUGCGCUAUCAAAAAGACUCGGAAAAAGUGAAAAAAUCGAAGCGAAAAAAUUCGGGCGAAUUGGAGUGUCGAGACGGCGAAUAUCAUCCGAAGAAAGUGAGGAAAUCGAAAAAAUCGCGAAAGAAUCGCGACAACGAGGAUUCGGAUUAUGAGGAGCCGACAAAAUCGACAAGUGCGAUGAUGGCGGCGGCGGCGGCGGCGGAAAUUUUGGGUUCGCAACCGAAAAUUAUGGACGAGACGACGACGACGAUUGUUGAUGAAUUGCCGACGCCGAGCGGCGCCGAAAUUGAGCCUGUUGCCUCAAUAAAGAUACGCUUCAAUCUGCCGAACGAGGACCAACAGAAUGCGCGACAAAUGUUCAAUUCGGCGCGGACGUCGUCUGGAAGAAAGGUGAAAGUCAAUCAGCACGUCAUGGAAUAUUGCGGAAAUAUUGCGAUCGAUAAAGAAGAUGUGAACACGAUGGCGACGCUGAAAUCGUUUUCCGAGUAUGAUUCGCAAUUGGCGGAAUGCGAAGCGAAAUCAACUGGUGUGAAAUUGCAGAAGAAGCGAAAAAACGCGGCAGUUGUCAAAGAGAAAGUGCCAACGGCUCCAAAGAGAUCGGGAACGAAAAUGGUGACAGCGAAACAGCGAUUGGGAAAAAUUUUAAAGCUUUAA